AUGAAGUCCCUCGUCACGGCCUUGAGCGCUGCCACGCUCGCGACCAGCGUGGCAGCCCAAGCUUCCCCUCUGGCUACCGCUCCGGCUACCGCUCUGGAACCCGCCAAGGACAUCAUCCCCAUUAUUCCAUCGGAUACCAUGAAGAAGAUAGAGGGAGAAUGGAAGUACGACGCCUGCCACAAGAUUGACACCUCAGUCGCCGGUGGUUUUAUCUGGCCUUGCGCCUCGCAGCUCAAGAUUCGCCACGAGUCUUGCCCUUGGUCGGCCGAGACGGCCGAGGAGCGCAAGGCUCAGCGAGACUGCAUCUGCGGCAAGGGCAGCUCGUUCUUGCAAGACGCUGUUGCCUGUUCAGAAUGCAAGAUUCAGAACGGUCUGCAGCCAGAAGACCAGCGUAAAUUCUGGAAAGACUACUUCGGAGCCCUGGACAAGGGGUACUGCCAGUCCGACGACGUGGCUGUCGACUUCGCCGAAUUUACUAAAGGCUUGCCGUCGCCGCAAACAGGAGUCAUUGCUGGCAACCCUCUCGAUGCUAAGAUUGGCAAUCCUAGGGACUACUAUACACUGGCCAAGGUCGCCGUCCCGGAGAAGCAGGGCCCGGGCAAAUUUACGCCCGCUGCCCCCCAGCCUGGAGUCAACGACAACACCGUCAAUGCCAAUAUCAGUGACCCCGUGGCUGGGCAGGUCGUUGUUCCCGCCUUUGUUGCCGUCGAGGUCAACAACGAGCCCUCUGGAGCCAACACUGCCCCCGUUACGUUGACGCCUUCUGCUGCUGGCUCGCAGCCCACCACCUUGAUGCGUGUCACGUCCGGGGAUUCUACCGCAGCAGCCACUGCCUCUUUGUCACCUUCGAGCUCGCUUGUCCCUGCCUCUGGCUCCAACGGUGGUGCUGAUGUCGCGCAUAUUAUCCUGAUCAACGGCAAGCUUUGCCACGUAUACAUCAUCUGGGUCAUCAUUGAUUGCGCCCCCAAGAAGGACGCGCAGGGAAAUCUCUAUAUCGAUUACAAGAACACCGGAAUUGACAAUACCAAGCCCGUCUCCAUGCUGGAGAAAAAGGAGCAGUUCGACAAGAUCAAAGACACCGUGCACGAUGCCAGCAAGGACAAGAACACUGCAAAGCAAGUGAAGGACAUCGUCGGUACCGAAGCCAAUGUCGUUGCGGCUCCUGAAAAUAACAAGCCCCUUCCUCCUUCCAAGACGCCCGCCGCUGUAGAGUCCCAGGCCCCCAAUGGCGCCGCCGGAUCUGGUACUUCUGACGAGCCUGUUACCGGCACCACUGAUAACACGACCGAUGUGUCGGAUGAUGAGGAUGAGUGCGUCAACGAAGAUGUCAGCAACGGAGCUAACACUCCUGAUAAUGGCUCUACCAACGUCUCCAACAUUCAGCACACCCAGAAUCCUCCCAGCGGUGCUAACACACCUGACAAUGGCUCUACCAAGGUCCCCAACAUUCAGCACACCCAGAAUCCUCCCAGCAGUGCUAACACUCCUGAUAAUGGCUCUACCAACAACGCCAACACUGAGAACGUCCCCAGUAGUAGUACCAGAACUGGCGCUCCUAACAACAAGCCUGCUGCUGACGAUAACACGUCCGCUGUGUCGAAUAAUAAGGAUGAGUGCGUCGACGAAGGUCUCCCCAACGGUGCUAACACUCCUGACAAUGGCUCUACCAAUACCCACAACCCUGAGAAUGUCCCAAGCGGCGGUGCCGGAACUGGCGCUCCCAACAACAAGCCUGCUCCUGACAACACGCCCGCUAUGUCGGAUGAUGAGGAUGAGUACGUCAACGAAGAUGUCAGCAACGGUGCUAACACUCCUGAUAAUGGCUCUACCAACGUCUCCAACAUUCAGCACACCCAGAAUCCUCCCAGCGGUGCUAACACACCUGACAAUGGCAGCGGUGGUGCCGAGACUGUCGUUUCUAGCCCCGAGGAUACCAUGAAGAACCCUGAUACUCCCCAGGGCCCUAAAAAGACCCCUAGCACCCAGAAUCCUCCCAGCGGUGGUGCCGAGACUGUCGUUUCUGGCCCCGAGGAUACCAUGAAGGCCCCCAACACUUCCCAGGGCUCUGAAAAGCCCCCCAGCACCCAAAAUGCCCCCAGCGGCGGUGCCGAUACCGUUGCCCCUGGCUCCCACGGCACCAAGACGACUCCUAAUGCUCCUGCCCAGAACUCCGCCAGCACCCCUGGUGGCCAGACCGGCAGCGAUACCCCCUCCAACUCCGGUAGCCAGUCUGAAACUAAAGAUUGCGAAUGCCCCUCUGGCAGCAAGGCCCCUGAGCGCAAGGAUGCCACCGAGGUCUGCGCCAAGAAGGCGAAGACCGAGACAGACUGCAACAAGGAGUCGGGAGAGAACAUGCGACAGUGCUUUUGCUCCGAGGGACGCUUCCAGAACCAGAAAUUCUUCCAUGAGGCGGUCAUUUGCUCACGACGAUCUGACAAUUGUCUCUUGGGAGAGUAUGAGGCCCAAGUGUUCUUCCAGACCGAGCAUCUCUACUGUGAUUUGAAGUUGUUUGGAAACGACUAUGCCGCCGCGUACAAGAACGUGUCGGAUUCUUGGAGAGAUGGAAGAGCCCCGACUGCUGCUCUCAUGUAA